AUGUCUAUUUCUGCCGCCAAGCAGGUGUAUGAAGUCGAAAAUUAUGGUCUGCAUAAAACAAAACCCUUCAUUGCUUCUAAAUGUCUUAUUUCAGUAACCCUCUACGGCAAAUGGAACAAAGUAGACCGACCUCUAGUAUGCGGUGGAGCGGCUCAUAGCAGAAGAUAUCUCUUCCACUCACUAACCCUCCACUGGCCUUCGGAGCACGUGAUUGGGGGCCUGCAAUACCCCUUAGAAAGCCAAGCGCUACACAUAUCUGCUGAGUAUAAAACCUUCAAGGAUGCCGUGGCAGCGGCAUCGAGAGACAAACUGGCUUUCCUUGGGAUUGUAAAUAUAUACAAGUUCACAAAUCGCACUCAACAAGGUCUGAAGAGCAUCUUGAAAGCGGCGACGAGCAAAAGGCCUGGAAAUAAUUAUUCCAUACCAGCCCAUUCUAUUGGAUUCUUCACCCCACCAUUCCAAGAGUACGUUACCUACCAGGGGUCAUUGACUUAUCCCCCUUGUACGGAAGCUGUGUUGUGGUUCGUUAGAGCUCGCAGUUUGCCUGUAGAAAGAAAUAUAGUGAAAGCGGCUCAUAAGCUCACGAACCCUUACAAUGAACCCAUGAAGCUUCUGAUUAGACGACUACAACCUAUGAACGACAGAAAAACAUAUUUUUUCGGAUAGAUUUGAUACAUGUUUGUAUUCUUAAAAUCAUACAUAGAUGGCUGCAUUUUCCAAUACACGAAUGCAACUUAUAGUAAUAACUCUAUCAUUCUAUAAAUAUUAAAUACACGUUUUUUAUCAAUC